AUGUAUAUCUCACGACAAUGGCUAUUGACCCUUCUCAUCGUCUUCUCCUUUGCCGUGGUGUACUUGUCGCACAGCGGCAGCUCGGCCAUACACUCUAGCAUACACUCUGUCGUGUCGAGCAUCAAGGGCUCCCACAAUGGAAAAUGCCAAUCGACGCUCGAGUCCCAUGUGGCUCUGCUGGUCCAGGAGUAUUCACGAAUGCUACCGGGAGUCACGCACGUUGCCAUGAUCGGCUACCCGAAUCACAGCAACAAGGGCGACUCUGCAAUCUGGACCGGUGAGAAAGUGCUGCUGGAGCAACUGGGCAUCGAGACCGUGUACGCGUGCGUCACCAACCGCGACUACCGCGAAGCCGACAUGCGGGAGGCCCUCGAAUCGCACGGCGGGCCGGAGAAGGCGGCCAUCCUGUUCCACGGCGGCGGCAACUUCGGCGACAUCUGGCCUGCGCCCCAGAUCAACCGCGAGCAGGUGGCCGAGGACUUUCCCGACUACCGGAUCCGGUCGUUCCCGCAGACGUACAAGUUCUACGACGACAAGGCGCUCGCCCGGGCGCAGCAGGCCUUCAGCAAGCACCCGGACCUGCAGCUCACGGCGCGGGACACCAAGUCGUUCAUGGCCAUGCAGAACGACUUCGGCAGCAAGCACGAAGUCUCGCUGCUGCCGGACCUCGCGACCAUGCUGAUCACCAAGCCCGUGCCGGAGCGGCGGGUCAACUCGAUCUACGACAUGCUCUUCCUCGCGCGGACCGACCACGAGGGCGCCCAGGACCACCGCAAGGAGAAGGACGUCAUCGCCGAGCUGCAGCUCGUCGAGGACGAGGACGGCUCGACGCACGAGACCAACGUGACGGUGGCCGACUGGAUCAAGAUGGACCCGACCGGCCUGAAGGGAGCCACCUUCGACGAGCAGGCCCAGCGCCGCGUCGACUGGACCUACAAGUACCUCUCGGAGAACGGGCUGAUCAUCAGCGACAGACUGCACGUGCACAUCUUGAGCACCGUGUGGGGUCUCGACCACGUCGCCGUCGAGGAGGGCACCUACGCGAAGCUGAGGACCUACCACGACACCUGGCUCCUGGGGUGCGGCGACAGAGUCGCCAUGACUCAGAGCGUGAGAGAGGCUGUCGACGCCGCAAAGGCCUGGUACAAGAGAGGGAGAAAGUUCUGA